CUUUUUUUUUGAACCCUGUUAAAGUCCUGGUCUUCACAACAUCCUCUGGCAAGGAGUUCCACAGAUUGACUGUGCGCUAUGUGAAGAAAUGCUCCCUUUUUCUGGUUUUAUACCUGCUGUCUAAUAGCCAUCAAUGAGGCUCAGAAGUUGAGUAGUGGUUUUACAUGAACCUUCAUUUGUAGGUUUGAAUCCUGUCAAAGUCAGCGCUUAGGUGUAUGCCAAAGAGCCGGCCAUCUCUAGAGUCCCCAUCUGAUGGCUGUUCUGUGUUUCCCCACAGGGAAAGAUUUGGUGGGUCCCAUUCCCGGACUCGAUGGACCAGUAUCUGUCUGAGACAGAUGGUAUUAAUUGACUCUCGGGUGGGUGGUGUCAUCAGAGGGGCCCCAGAAGGAAUAAGUCAGAGCGCUCCCUGCACUCUACCCUCCUCUACAGUUCAUCUCGAGUCAGGGCUGGGUCAUGUUGGCAGAGUAGUGGAGGGGUAGCACCUGCCCUGUGCAGAGUGGCCAUAAAACAUACCACCUGAGUCCGCCUGAGGAGAUGCCUUAUUUAGUCAUGUUCACACCAGCCUUGCACUCGGCUGGGACAAAUGGGGGGGGGGAGCAGUCCUGGUUGACUCCACUGUGUCUUGCUUGCAAACUAGAGAUGAUAUUAACCUGUCCUCGCAUGGGGGCCAUGUGAGACAGAACUGAUUUCUGACUCCUGCGGGCCUGCUCCAGCCGUCUGUACCUGCCCAGAAUGCUGGACCAGGCCUGGCAGGAGGCUGUGAAACAGGUAAGAGCUCCAUCCUCUAAUUUUGGGCUCACCAGCCCUGAGCAUCUUCUCAGCUAUCCCCCAGCUGCCCCUCUUUGGUGACAGUGCUGCCUGCCCGGUGCAUCUCUCUUUUGAAUUCCCUGCUGGGCGUGGUUUGACCUGUUCUCUGUGUUUCCUCCUUUCUUCCACGUGAGGAUCUCCCCCCUGGAGAGGAGUUUUCUUCCAAGUGCCCGUCUGCAAAGCCAGCACACGGCCACCAAAUAGGUGACCGUGUGCUGGGUGGAGGAGGCGCUGGGGCGUCACACGCAGUCCCUCUCUCCCCAGGCUGAGCACGCCGGCAUCCGGACCUACUUCUUCAGCGCCGAGAACACCGACGAGCAGGAGUCAUGGAUCCAAGCCAUGGGCGAGGCUGCCCGGGUACAGAUCCCACCCACCCAGAGGCGUGAGAAGACGGACUCUGAGAACAUCCCCCCCAGCAAGCAGCACCACCACCACCACCGGACCAUCACCCCGCGGGAGCCCCCCAAAGCGGACCUGGAAGCCAAGACCAGAGGGGAGGGAGACGGACGCGGUUCAGAGAAGAUGGAGAGGAAGCUGGAGAGGAUCGACGGCAAGAAGGAACCCCUGAUGAAAGCCAACGGCAUCGUGGGCCAGGAGAUGCCCUCUGAGCCCGGCAGCCCUUACCCGGAAGCCUCCCGGGGGGUGGAGAGGUCCACACAACCCAACGGCUGGCAAUACUCGUCCCCCAGCCGCCCUGGCAGCACCGCCUACCCACCGCAGGACGGGGAGCACACAGUGCACCGGCGGGGCUUUGUGCCCCGCACCAACCCGGAGAAGAUCGCUCAGAGGAAGAGCUCCAUGACGCAGCUGCAGCAGUGGGUGAACCUGCGCCGUGGGGCUGCCCCGCCGGAGGAGCCGCGGAGCCCCACCAGGUUUUUCCCAAUGUCUCGCCGGGUCCCCGACUACUACGCUCCUUACUCGCCCCAAUACCCUGAGGAUUACCAGUACUACCCGCCCGGCGUGCGCCCCGACAGUAUCUGCUCCAUGCCUGCCUACGAGCGGGUGAGCCCGCAGUGGGCCGCGGAGGACAAGCGCCACUCCUUCCGCAACGGAGGCUCCUACCAGCUGCGCGAGUGGAAGGAGCAGCCGGGUUACGGCCGGCAGGACGUCCCCGUCUGGAUCCCCGGCCCCGGUCGGCAGCCCGUGUAUUACGACGAGGUGGAUGCCGCCUCGGACUCCCUACGGAGGAUGUCCCUCCAGCCCCGCUCCAGGUCGGUGCCCCGUUCGCCCAGCCAGGGCACCUACAGCAGGGCGAGGAUGUACUCGCCGGUCAGGUCGCCCAGCUCCCGCUUCGAGAAGGUGCCCCCCAGGAGCGAGGAGAUCUAUGCGGACCCCGCGGCCUACAUGAUGAGGCGCUCGGUCAGUUCCCCAAAGUAUGAUUAUCUGGGUGACAGGAGACCCGUCCCGGCAGGAAUGUAUCCCUACAACUACCCAGCGUCCCCUACCGUCCACGACAAAAUGGAUGAACUUUUAGAUCUUCAGUUGCAAAGAAACCUAGAAUAUUUGGACCAGCAGGGUCGCCCAUCACCUGACUGGACAAAUGCCGUCUGUGCGUCACGUGAUGCUGCGAAGGGCCGCAGCCGAGCCAGCAGUGCAAUGAAUGAUAUGAGUGAGAGCGAAACUUUGAUCAGUAUGGUGAACAGAAUGGUGGAGAACUCCUCCCCUAGGGCCCAGCUGUACAUGCAAGUGUCUCCCUUCCCAGAGGCCUACAGAGAGACUCUACAUGCCUACAAGAUAAGCGAGCAAGACACUGAUAAGCUGCUGGGGAAACUGUGUGAGCAAAACAAGGUGGUGAGGGAGCAGGACAGGCUGGUGCAGCAGCUCCGGGCAGAGAAGGAGAGCCUGGAGAGCCCCCUGCUGGGCACCCACCAGGAGUUGGAGAUGUUCGGGAGCCAGCCCGCCUACCCCGAGAAGCUGCUGCACAAGAAGGAAUCCCUCCAGAAUCAGCUGAUCAACAUCCGGGUGGAGCUGUCUCAGGCCAGCACGGCCUUGGCCAACAGCACCAUAGAGUACGAGAACUUGGAGGGCGAGGUGUCAGCCCUGCACGAUGACCUGUGGGAACAGCUGAACUUGGACAUCCAGAACGAGAUGCUCAACCGGCAAAUCCAGAAGGAGAUCUGGCGGAUCCAGGACGUGAUGGAGGGGCUGAGGAAGAACAACCCCUCCCGGGGCACGGACACUGCCAAACACAGAGUGGCUGCCGGCCCCUCGGGAACCUUCAGCUCCAACAGCCCUGCCAGCCCCUUGAGCUCUGCCAGCCUCACCAGCCCCCUGAGCCCUUUCUCCCUCGUGUCGGGCUCCCAGGGCUCGCCCACCAAGCAAGGGACCAGCGAGGAACCAGGCCCGCCUCGACCUCCCCUCCCCAAAUCGUACGUCCCCCUGGAGUCUCCUCCGACUGUUCCUCCGCUCCCUAGCGAGAGCCGCUUCUGGCCGUACCCUAACUCUCCUUCCUGGCAGCAAAGCGGCGAGGCCAAGAGGGGACAGUCCCAGGCCAGCUUUGAGCCGAAUCGGAAAGACGCCCCUCGGAGCUCCGCCCCCCUCCCACCCACCGAAGCUGGGCUCCUGCAGACCAGGCAAGAGCAGGAUGCUGAGAAGCAAGCGGCUCUCAACAAAGUUGGCAUCGUUCCCCCAAGGACCAAAUCUCCCAUCGACGAGGACUCUGCGCCCCAUUCAGGCGUGGUCAGGAGAAGUGCCAGCACUGUGUCCAACGGGCUGAAUUCUCGGGAUAGGCCAAAGAGCGCCGUGUUCACCAAUGAGACGAAGGCAAAAAUGAGCGUGGAGGAGCAGAUCGACCGGAUGAAACGGCACCAAAGCGGAUCCAUGAAGGAAAAAAGGCGGAGUUUGCAGCUCCCAGCCAAUCAGCAGCCAGACGCCCCCAGCAUGAAGGCACCCGCGUCUUACAAAGUGGUACGCCGACACCGCAGCAUCCACGAGGUGGACAUCUCUGACCUGGAGGCCGCACUGCGCACCGAGGACCCUGGCAAAGUCUACGAGACGCCGAGGGAGGAGAUCGCCCGGCUACGCAAGAUGGAGCUGGAGCCGCAGCACUAUGAUGUCGACAUCAAUAAGGAGCUCUCUACCCCAGACAAGGUCCUCAUUCCGGAGCGGUACAUUGAGCUGGAACCAGACACCCCCCUAAGCCCCGAAGAGAUGAAGGAGAAGCAGAAGAAAGUGGAAAGGAUAAAGACGCUCAUUGCCAAAUCCAGCUUGCAGAAUGUGAUUCCCCUAAGCGAGGGAGAAGUGGACGCACCCCCUGACACAGAAACGCAGCUCCAGGAACAGGAGAAGAGGAUAGAGAUAUCCUGCACGCUGGCCACAGAAGCCUCCAGGCUGGGCCGCAUGCUCUCUGCUCAAUGUGCCACCCCGAGUCCUCCCACCUCCCCAGCCUCCCCGUCUCCACCGACAAACCCCCUCUCGUCUGAGUCAUCCCGGGUCGGCGACAGCAGCCAUUUUAUGCGUGUCUGAGCCAUGAACGCAAGCCCUGGCUGCUGUGAACGCGGUGAAGUUCCACGGAGCCACGUUUUAACGCACGCACAUGCGCGUCCCGACUCGACCACCAAACCUUUCCUCGCUCAUCGCUUUCGGUUCUCCCCGAGCCCCUUCCUCUAACAAACGGUGAGAUCAUCCAGGACAAAGGCGCUGUGAGUCGGCCCCUGCUGCCCAGGAGAGCACGGGAGACUUCUCUCUGCGGCCUGGGCCAUCCCAGGAGGAAGUGUCAUGGAUGGGCUGCCGGCCACACUGGUAAAUCUGGGAGAUGGGCCCUGCUCCACAGCUGGCAUAACUUCCAGGCAGGACACAUGCAGCUACCCAACACUCUGUUCCGUGGCUGGAAUAGCUCAUCGGGAGGACGGUGUUGCACUGGAGGGUUUGUUUACCUUUGCUUUCCGCACUAAAAUAUUUGACUUGUGUCCGAAAGGGGCUUCUGCAUGGGGACCGAGCCGUCGCUGCAACUGGAGGUUGCUCUAGCCCUCCACUGGCGCGAGCAGCCCAUCUCCAUUCCCCGCCUGGCUUGGAAUCUCUGAAGCUAGCCACCCGCAAAACCUGGCUCGGCCACGUUUCCCCACUCCCGCUCACAAGCAUCCAAGGGAAAGAAGGAACAGGCAUCCAGGACGGACGGGAAGAGGAGCCAGGGAAGGAAAAGGCUCCCGGGCAGAAAAAGGGAGUAGUGAUGGGAUCUACAAAGCUAGCGAGAUAGAGCUGUGUCUGUGACAUACCAGUGCUGCCCCACCCGGGCCAAGGGUGCUGUGAAAGCAGGUCUGUGCAAGGUGUGUGGGCAUGUAGUAAGGGAGUAGCUGAACGAUACAGCAGGACAGAGGUAGGAGAGCCGAAGUGGCUGGUGUCGAUCACCAGGCAAAGCCUUGAUGCUUUCAGGAGGGAGCCGUUUGCACGCAGAGACGAUGAGGAGAAAGGGGGAUAGGCGUAGGGGGGCAGGUUCUGGACAGUACCAAUAGGUGCCCUUCCUCAGAGUUUUGCUUGGCCCAAGGCAAUGCCCGUUUCCAUGGGAUGGGAGUGGGGUGAAAGAGAGGAAUUGGUACAGUUUAUAUGCACAUACACGUACACACACACGCACUCACUCUACAACUGGGGCUGUUGCACAGCUACAUAAUACUAGAUGGGGAAAAAUGAUGGAGAAGUGACUGAGUGAACAGCUCUCUUGCUGUCUAUGGGUGGACUGGAUGGAUUAGUGAAGACCUAGAAAGGCACUUCCUGUAGUGGUCUUGGCAGAUGCCAUGUAACAUCUCUUGCCUCGAUCUAGAAAGCACUGCCUAGCCCCCACAUGGAAGAGACGCCAGAGCUGGGAGGCCUAAGGGAAUAGGAGCAAGGCUGGGAAUGGGCUUAAUCCCUCCUGCUUUCAGGCUAUAAUCCAACUUCCAUGGGAGAAACUUCCUCAGGGACACGUUAUUCCAGAAUCGCCCACUGCAGAGUUCUUGCACGUUCUUUUGCUUCUGGUGACAGGGUACUGCACUGGCUGGCCCCUGGUCAGAUCCAGGCUGGCAGUCCCUACGGAACUUUGGGAAAUGAGCUAGUGUCUCUAACAUCUAACUCCCUGCGGUAUUUGCGCGUGGAACAGCAUGUAGGGAAUUGACACUCGGAACUCACAAGCACCACUCCUCCCAUCCCGGCCUUCUUUCCUCCUGAAUAGCUAGAAUAGUUCCUCUGACGUUUUGGAAUAACAGAGAUCAGGUGUGAAGGGUGCUGAGUCACUGCUGCGCUGUCUCUGUUCCGCAUUCUCCGUGCUUGCAAUACCUUAUGAGAGGCAUCUGCUCUUCCAGAUGUGGCUUCACUGUUUUCUCAAUACAGUGAGAGAACAAUCAUCUUCGGGAGGGGGAAUCAGGGGCGAGGGAAGAGCCAUAGCUCUGAGAAGCAUCCAAGAGGUUGGCUGCUUUUCUGAAGCUGAUCAGCACUACCUGAUCCAUCGGGGUCUGCAGAACCUCGCAUUAUUUCAGCACCGCUGCUUCCCAAUGGGAACUCAGAUGUGAGAGAGUCCAUCUAGAUAGCUCAGUUCAAGCAGUGGUUUGGAUGAGGGAGGUUUCUUAUGUCUGCCCAAGUUGGUUUCCUUGUCCUAUCUCAAAAUCAGGGCUGCCUGCAAAUUGCAAAUGUAUUUUCCACCCGUGGCGUGGAUUUGCAAGUGUCCAUUUAGGCACCUAAGCAAGGGCAUGAUUUUUAAGUGCCCAUAUGCACAGCUCCCCCUGAGAUAUUGAGGGGCAGAUUUUCAAAACCGCUCUGAAAAUCUGGCCACUUAUCUUGGUAUCUAUAUAAGAAGUUAAAUUCUUUUGAAAAUCACGCCCCCAUAUUCACAAAAAAAAAAUUUGCAGUUUCAUUGCAGAUACUUUUUUAUUGGGGGAGGGGGAACGUAGCAAUAAUAUUUUCCUUUGAAUGCUCCAUGAAAAUGGCAGGUUUUGUAUUCAAACCUGAAAUUCCAGUUCAGUUUGUUGUGGAGAAUGGAAUUUUAAAAUUCCCAAAUCUGAAAUUGAGGCCUGUGCUCAAAACCAACACCACUCUGGGUUGGAAAUGGGCUUGUUUUUGCACUCCAAAAUCUUCUUUUUCAAGUGCGAAGCUAUGAAAUGUUGCUGGCUGUAUGUGAAAUGGGUCAGUGUAAUGAAACUGAGCUAAAACAGGAAAGCCCCAAGUGUCAGGCUUUCCCAGUGGUGUUGUCAAGUAGGGCAAAAUGUGGUGGGGACCAGCUCUGGGCGGAGCCUUGGGUGGAAAGGGAGGGGCCAAUGGCAGUCAUAGAGUGCCUGGCACGGUGUUCCCAACCAGCCACCUGUCAAAAACCCCUUUCUUGUGGACUUUCCAGUACAGUUAGGUGCUCUGUUCUCAGAUCAAACUUUUGUAACUGAUUCUGCUUUAGCUUACACUGCUGCAAACCAGGAUUAGCCUGAAGGAAAACAAACUACAUUCAGAGCAGACUGUUGGAGUGGACAGUCAAACUCUGUACCUUGUAUUAGAGUUUGUGUCUCUGUGUCUUCCCUACAUGGAGGAAGAACAGUCUUGUCCUCGCCCUUGAAACUUGAGGCAGUAGUUCUGACAGAGGCAAUGUGAUGGAGAUGCAAGUCAAGCUCAAUCUAUUUCUUAGCUUCCUUUCCCCAUUGGCCUGAUCAUGGUUGCUGCUGAGAGCCCCCAUCUCCAGCCGAGUCUAAAAAAGGCACAGGUGCUCAGCACGAUGUCUACUUCUUCCCAGAUAUGGCUCCAAGGGUACGUCUACACAGCAGCGUUAUUCCGAAAUAAUGUCGAGCUGGAGGACUUCGUACUCCGACUCAUGGUAACCCUCAUUUCACGAGGAGUAAGGGAAGUCGAAG